GCUCACCACACCGAAAAGGAAAAAAAAAAUAAAAGUCUUUUUCUCUCUUACCAAUUCUGCAUACUGCACGUUCGUCGAUGAGAACCGCGUACCAGCACCGGAACCGUCGGUGAAUCCCCGAAGACCGCCGAAUAUUCUUUUUCCUUCCUCGCUCUUCUCAAUCUCCUCCGCACAUGGCGGAUAGGGACGGCGUAGUUUCUCGCACCUUCCGUGCUCUGGUGGAGAGCGCGGACCGUAAGUUCGCUCGCGUGCGCGACCUUCCGUCGUAUGGGCGGGCGCAGGGGCAGCACUACUUCCAGAAGGUGUUCAAGGCGUACAUGCGGCUCUGGAAGUACCAACAGGACCACAGAGCGGAGCUAGUGCGGGCGGGCCUGAACCGGUGGGAAAUAGGGGAGAUCGCUAGCCGAAUCGGCCAGCUCUACUUCGGACAGUACAUGAGGACUAGCGAGGCCAGGUUUAUUGUCGAGGCGUACGUGUUCUAUGAGGCGAUUUUGAGCAGGAGUUACUUUGAAGGGACUAAAGUCAGGGAUCUUGGUGUUAGGUUUAAAGAGCUCAGAUUCUACGCCAGGUUUUUGCUCGUGUCGUUGAUUUUGAACCGCACCGAGAUGGUGAAGAUUCUUGUUGAGAGAUUUCGCGCACUUGUUGAUGAUUGCAAGGCUAAUUUCCGGGAGACAAACUUCAAAGAGUGGAAACUAGUGGUUCAAGAAAUCAUUCGCUUUAUGGAUGUUGAUACGUCUUUCACAAUUACAAAUGCAAGACCAGUGCGUUACUGUGCCAUGUUUGAUUCUCAUCCAGCUUCUCUUCCAUGUAUUGCUCGAUUCCAUGCAAAGAAGGUUCUAAAGUUCCGUGAUGCAAUCUUGAUGAGUUAUCACAGAAACGAGGUCAAAUUUGCGGAACUUACAUUGGAUACGUACAGAAUGCUUCAAUGUUUGGAAUGGGAGCCAAGUGGAUCAUUUUAUCACAAGCGUCCUGUGGAACCAAAGGAGAAUGGUUUUGCAGUUGAUCAUUCUGGAGCUUCUGGAGUAAUAGAUUUAAAUUUGGCUGCAGACAUGACUGAUCCAACUCUACCUUCAAACCCAAGGAAGGCUAUUCUCUAUCAUCCAUCUGUGACACAUUUGAUGGCGGUUAUGGCAACAGUUUGUGAAGAGCUCCCUCCAGAGAGUGUUAUGCUAGUUUAUCUAUCAGCUUCAGGGAAGGCUGGCUGUAUUAAUACUUCUCAGAUAGAAACAUCUGGAGGAUCUAGAAGAACUUCAAAAAAUAAAGUUGUGUCUCAGAAUUCUCUUGAACAGAAUAACCAUGUUAAUGGCAAGAAAGGGUCUAGUGACCAUUCUGAUGGUUAUCUGUGGUUAGGUGCCAAAGGGAAUAGUGGUUCAAAUAACCUUUACCCUGCUGAUAUAAUUCCUUUUACUCGAAGACCUCUUUUCUUGGUUAUUGACAGCGACAGCAGCCAUGCAUUCAAGGUCUUACAUGGUGCAGAAAGGGGAGAGAAAGCUGCCCUACUUCUUUCACCGUUGAGGCAGGUAUUUAAGAAUCCUUCUAGUGCAGAUAUUUUGCAUAAUGGAAGUCAGUUUACCCUUUUCUUAACGGCUCCUGUACAAGCCUUCUGCCAAAUGAUUGACUUAUCCUUGUCUGGUGCCGAUGUGGAUCUUCUAAAUGAUGCUGAGAACAUACUUUCCACUGCUUUCUCUGAGUGGGAAGUGAUUCUCUGUACAUCAUCUAACCUGGAUCUGGUUUGGGCACAAGUUUUAUCUGAUCCAUUUUUGAGGAGGCUUAUCAUUAGAUUCAUAUUCUGCCGAUCUGUUCUCUCUGGCUUCUGCCCUCCUGAUGAUUAUGAGCAAUGCAUGCCUGUUUGUCUACCGCAGCUUCCUAAUUCUGUCUCUCCAAGGUCUGAGGUUGUGCAAUCAGCUGUCAUCCAGCUUGCUAAACACUUAGGAGCUGCUGACUGCUUUCACUUUGCUGACUUGUAAAUAGGACCUUAAACCUAAAUUAUUGGUCAUUCUUAAGAUAACACAGUUACCUUCUGGUAGAAAAGAUCAUUGGAUCUUAUGGUACAAUAACUACUGGAAUUCUACCGGUGGCUUUCUUGGCGCGCAUGAGGAAUAUGCUUGGUGAUGGGGCGUAAGCCGGCAUUCUCAAGGAUAUUUGAUUGAGCUUUGCUUGCUUCAGCUUCUUUGAGUGCCAUCUGUUAAUUCAUCAUCCUCAUAACGGAAAUUUAUGGCUGGUUUGCUCUUCUGUAAGUGGGUGUUUAAUAUUAUUUACAAGGCGUGUAAGCAUUGCAGGAUAGUAAUUUAGGACUAAAUUGGUUUACAAGGUUAUUUUUAUGCAUGUUAGAGCUCCCUGGAUAGUGAUUUAUUUUUUUUUUCCCUACUUUUUGUGUCGUAGUUAUGGAAAAUGGGUUAGGUAUGUGGGAUAUUUAUUUUUCUUCUUUACCCCCUUUGAGCAGUUUGGAUACAUGUAUUCUUAAAGUUUUUGAACUGGAAACUGAAUGUAAAUGAAUAUUGUGAAUUGAGGAAUGCCUUGAAUAUAUAUAGAACAUUUCA